CGGGGGCGGUAAUGGCGGAGCUGGUGCAGGGGCAGAGCGCUCCGGUGGGGAUGAAGGCUGAGGGCUUCGUGGACGCUCUGCACCGGGUCCGGCAGAUUGCUGCUAAAAUUGAUUCAAUUCCUCACUUGAAUAAUUCCACACCUCUAGUGGACCCCUCAGUAUAUGGCUAUGGAGUACAGAAACGGCCCUUGGAUGAUGGAGUAGGUAACCAGUUAGGGGCCUUGGUACAUCAAAGGGCAGUAAUAACAGAAGAAUUCAAAGUGCCUGAUAAAAUGGUUGGAUUUAUUAUCGGCCGGGGAGGUGAGCAGAUCUCGCGGAUUCAAGCAGAAUCUGGUUGCAAAAUUCAGAUUGCCUCAGAGAGUUCUGGGAUUCCAGAGAGGCCCUGUGUACUUACCGGAACCCCAGAAAGUAUUGAACAAGCCAAACGGCUCCUGGGGCAGAUCGUGGACCGCUGUCGGAACGGACCCGGCUUUCACAAUGACGUUGACGGCAACAGCACGGUCCAGGAGAUUCCCAUCCCAGCGUCAAAAGUGGGUCUGGUCAUCGGCAAAGGCGGGGAGACGAUAAAGCAGUUGCAGGAGCGGACUGGCGUGAAGAUGGUCAUGAUCCAGGACGGCCCAUUGCCCACGGGAGCAGACAAGCCCCUUCGCAUCACCGGAGACCCGUUUAAAGUUCAGCAAGCGAGAGAAAUGGUCUUAGAAAUCAUCCGAGAGAAAGACCAAGCUGACUUUCGAGGUGUGCGCAGUGAUUUCAGCUCUCGAAUGGGAGGAGGCAGUAUAGAGGUGUCCGUGCCUAGGUUUGCUGUCGGGAUUGUAAUAGGAAGAAACGGGGAAAUGAUCAAAAAGAUCCAGAACGAUGCCGGUGUGAGAAUUCAGUUCAAACCAGAUGACGGUAUUAGUCCGGAGAGAGCUGCACAGGUGAUGGGGCCCCCAGAUCGAUGCCAGCACGCAGCACAUGUCAUCAGCGAGCUUAUUCUCACAGCACAGGAGAGAGACGGCUUCGGAGGCCUGGCAGCGGCCCGGGGCAGAGGCCGCGGCCGCAGCGACUGGAGCGGGGGCACCCCCGGCGGCGCCCAGGAGGUGACCUACACUGUGCCGGCCGACAAGUGCGGCCUCGUCAUCGGCAAAGGGGGCGAGAACAUCAAGAGCAUAAACCAGCAGUCGGGAGCGCACGUGGAGCUUCAGCGGAACCCCCCUCCCAGCACCGACCCCAACCUGCGGAUAUUCACCAUCCGGGGGCUCCCUCCACAGAUCGAGGUGGCCAGACACCUCAUAGAUGAGAAAGUUGGCGGGACCAGUCUCGGAGCUCCUGGACCCUUUGGACAGAGUCCCUUCAGCCAGCCGCCUGCCGCACCUCAUCAAAACACCUUUCCUCCAAGGAGCUCAGGGUGCUUCCCAAACAUUGCUGCUAAAGUGAAUGGAAACCCCCAUAGCGCCCCUGUGAGUGGUCCUCCCGCCUUUCUGACCCAGGGCUGGGGCAGCACCUACCAGGCGUGGCAGCAGCCCACACAGCAGGUUCCAAGCCAGCAGAGCCAGCCGCAGAGCAGCCAGCCUGACUACAGCAAGGCCUGGGAGGACUACUACAAGAAGCAGAGUCACGCCGCCAGCGCCGCGCCCCAGGCCAGCACCCCGCCGGACUACACCAUGGCCUGGGCGGAGUACUACCGGCAGCAGGUUGCCUUCUACGGGCAGACGCUAGGGCAGGCGCAGGCCCCCAGCCAGGAACAGUAGGACCGAGACCCGCGGCUCCCCUCCCCUCAAAAGCAUUGUGAGCAAAAACCUAUUUGUAACAGAGGUUUUUAGAUUUGCAAACCCUUUGAUGAAGAACCUUUGUUUUGUUCUGUGAAACACUAUAUUUAGAUUAACAGAAUUUUUCUAAAAAUCGGGAGAAUUAGUUACUAAAAAUUGCUGACAAUUUUUGUUUCAUUAUUUUUGUUCGUUACUUCAAAUGUAUAAGCUCUGGGAAUCUUUUUGGAGCAAUACCUGCAAAUUCUGGCCCCAGAAUGUGCCUCAGAGCAGUGACAUUUCAACAUGGUGUGUUCUGUUUUUGUUUUGUUCGUGUGUCUUUUUAUUUACAGUUUUUUCUGUUGCAACAGAAAAAAAGUGGCUUGGAAGUCUUAGGUGGUUUGUAACAAAUUCUUUAAAAAAAUUUUUAAACAGUAUUUAAAUAUUCUUAAAUGUGUAAAUUCAUUAAAUGUUUUACUUCUAAUUUCUUGUAUCUUGGCUGUCUGGUUUUAUUGCAUUUUUUAAAAAACUGAACUAUUAUGUAUUGUAAUUAAUUAUGUGCAUUCUGAAUUGAGACAGAUAAUUGUAUUGCUGUCCAACAGGGAUUGGGAGGGGGCAUUUUUUAGGGUUUGUAUAAUUUCUAGAGUUCUAAAGGGGUUAAUAAUAUAAAAAUGGUGUUGUGUGUUUAGCAGACGUCUUUUCACGUCUCCAUUAUCUACCGGUUGCAAUUGUGUAUCUAAGACCUCCAAGCUUGUUUUAAAAACAAAACAAAAAGCCUUUCUCUAUUCUCUCAGAAAUAUAAAUACUGUUAUUUUUAAUAUUAAAAAUAAAUUCAAUAUAACUUUUAACAAACACUGUGGAACAUU